AUGUCCACUGAUUCUAUUGUCAAGGCCUCUAACUGGAGAUUAGUUGAAGUUGGCCGUGUUGUUUUAGUCAAGAAGGGCCCAUCCGCUGGUAAAUUAGCCACCAUCGUCGAAAUCAUUGACCAAAAGAAGGUUUUAAUUGAUGGUCCAGAAGCUGGUGUUCCACGUCAAGCUAUCAACUUAGGUCAAGUUGUUUUAACUCCAUUAGCUUUUGCUUUACCAAGAGGUGCUAGAACUGCUACCGUUUCUAAGAAGUGGGCUGCCGCUGGUGUCUCUGAAAAAUGGGCUGCUUCCUCUUGGGCUAAGAAGAUCGCUCAACGUGAAAGAAGAGCUGCUUUAUCUGACUUCGAAAGAUUCCAAGUCAUGGUUUUAAGAAAGCAAAAGAGAUUUGCUGUCAAGAAAGCUUUAGUCAAGGCUUAA